GCCCCUAUGUCACCUCUUGAAUUCAAUCCCGUGCCUAACGUUGGUCACGAUUAAUAACUUACAUCCCUUCCUAAGCCAUCGUGACUUGAUUUCGCCAUUUGCCAUCCAAUAAUAGCAAUUUAGCUUUUUAUCUUUUGCUCUCUAUUUUUAUACGAGGUGCAUCGUUGAGCAUUUUAAUAAUCACGUUGUUUAUCAGUCUUCAGAAAAAUUAAUAGUCCAGAUUAGAGAAUAUGGCUGCCAAGAUGGGUAGUCUUCCGAUAAUGGAGGAGAAGCCGGCGACGCGAAACCACUGUCGACGUCAACGCCGACCGAUCCUUGCAAUGACCCUCAUCGUCGCAUCUCUCUACGCGCUUUACGUGGUAUGUUACAACCAUGCCGUAUCCGGAUACGCUGCUAUGUUCGUCCCGGAACCCUCUCGACAGCAAUCAUCGACGCCAUCCUCAAGCGUUUCGGUGUCGACAGAUUCAGAGCUCGUCCCUCUAGAGGCGCACAUAAUGAGCAAAUGCCCCGAUGCUAGGGAUUGUCUUAGAGACUUGGUACUGCCCGCCAUGAUGCGCAUAAACGAGAAAGUCAACUUUACAUUGUCGUACAUUGGAACGCCGACCGAAAAUGACGGUGUCGACUGUAAACACGGCCCCACCGAGUGCAUGGGCAAUAUUAUCGAACUCUGCGCGCAUCAUCUGUAUCCGGACCCCAAGAUUUAUCUCGGUUUCACCAUGUGCUUGACGAGGGAUUAUAAGGUGAUCCCGCAACGGGAACUGGUUGAAGACUGUGCGCUGGAGCACGCUAUUGACUUUGAGAAAUUGAACGACUGCGCCGCAAGGGAUGACGGAGCUGUUGGAAUGGCUAUGUUAAGAGAAAGUGUCCAGAGGAGUGCUGACGCGGGUGUCACAAAGAGCUGCACCGUUCGACUCAACGACGAAGUAUAUUGCAUUCGAGAUGGUGGGGAAUGGACCGACUGUGCUAGCGGGCCGGGUGUUAAUGACCUUGUCAUUGCGGUUGAGAAGCUUUACCGGAAUUCUUAAGCGGCUCAUAAAUUUCAAUCCACAGAUCCGAUGCCUCACCCAACGUGUAGCCUAUCGAGAUACUGUCCAUCCCAGCCUCUUCAUCUCCUGA